AUGUUGGCGAACCUGAUCAAGAAAGAGCAACUUGUCUCAGCAUCAGGAUCAACCGACCUUCUUAUUCACACACAUUCAGUUAACGUUGGAAAUCUGAUCCUUUCUUCGAUCCUUACUAAAGCGAAUAGUGUUUUCUUAAUCGCCCAAUCAAAAGAUCUCCCGAAUAACAUGAUUUGCAAAGCAAAUAUUAAUAAUGCAAAGGUUUUACUCACUAAAUUAUCACCGGACAUGUCAUCUUUAGCAUGCUUUUUGGCUGACUCGAAAAUAUGCAUUUUAUCUACUGUUCCUUUUCUAAAUUUCGUAUCACCAAACACAAUUAACGGCUUAGUUAAUACUCCUAUGUUCUCUCAUUCUACAUUAGGAUACACAUUAAAUCCAGAAAAAUCCACAAAUGGUUAUAGAGAGUCACAACCAUUCAAAUUCAAUGUAAUAAAUGCUUUCUGGUGGCAUCCAAUCAAGAGGAAGUAUUUGAUUAUCAUUGAAUCCAACGGAGUUCAGAUAAUUUCAACUCAUUCUUUUACUGUCGUCAAAUCUCUACAGUAUUCGGAUGUUGUUACUGGAUCUUUUGCAGCCCUUGAGAACGGCAUCGGCAAAAUUGCGCUUUUUACUAAAACAAAUACUCAUAUCAUCACAAUUCAACAACAGAACGAAGAAAUCACACAUACUACAACUCUCGAAGGAAUAUUAUACGAUUACUCAAUUCCGAUCCUCACACAGAUGUGCGAAUUGAAAGAUUCAAAGUGGUUAUUAACAGUUUUAAAUCAAAAACUUAUUUUUUACGAUAACGAUAUCCAAACAAUUCCUAUAACCUCUUUCGAUACAAAUUCAUCAAAAACAACUUCAUUUGCUGUUACAAAGAACUUUUUAUACGAAGUUACAGAUGGAAUCGCUUCUGUUCAGUUCAUUAAGUCAAUUGAUGUAAGGAAACAUGAACUAAUGCGUGAUGUAAUAUCAAUGACAGUUGUUGAUGCUCAAAAUGACAUAGUUUUGUUGUUAUCUCCUUCAUCAGCAACAAUUUUCUCAUUGAGAGCAGAACCGAAGAUCUUAUUCAACGAAUUCCUGCUCAGACAUCAAUACCGUGAUGCUUUCGCCCUUUGCGACGGUUUUAAUUUGGAUAUGAAAUCUGAAUGCGAACAAGCUGCAACGAAAUGCAUCAAAUCCGGUGAUUGUGAUUCAGCUUUAGAGGUUCUAAGAGAAGGAAAAUGCGAAAUUCGCUCAGCAUUACAGAGAUUAUUGUCAGAAGGUAAAGAAAAGUACGCUUUGCACCUACUUUUGAGAAGUCCAAGUAUGUUACCAAAAGACAAAACCGAUAAAAUCUUCGAAAACUUACUUCUCAAAAUUUAUUACAAGCAACAAUGCUUUUCUCGCAUGAACUUGCUAUUGAAACGCAUUGUUAGACCAAGUAGUAUCCUUCCAACCUUGAUUUCGUUCAAUCAAACCCAGCUUUAUAAAGAUCUUGUUGAUGGCAAGGAAAUAGAAGGAUAUCCAUUAGCUUUACUUGCCAGAUUUACAAUGGAGAAUCAGAUAGAAACCACUAAAUACCUAGAAUAUGCUUCUCAACUUGAUUUACAAGAAAUGCCACGAAUCUUUUCUCCAGAAUUCAAGGCUUUGAUGCACUCAGCCCGCAAGCCUGAUGGAUGCGCUGAACUUUCCUCAAUACCAGUUUGCUCUACUUUGAAAUUUACAAAGAAUUCAAAUUAUUAUCUUCACAGUGGACACUUGUAUUCAAACGGAUCGAUGACAGACCCACUAGACGACCGCAAUUAUCUCAGUUUCGAGAUAUUCGGAGACAGAAUUUUCACUACCGAUGAGAAGUUCAACGUCUAUUCCUCUCCAUUGUCUAAUAUUAAGUUUGACCCACUUGACUGCCCUCAAACUUUCAUGAUGCAAAGCGAUUCAAAGAGCAUUGUAUUUUUAUCAGUAAAUGGAAGUAUCUUGAAACUCGGAAACGGAAGGUUCUUCGAAACAUACGAUGGAGACUUUGUUGAUAUUUGCUUCUACAAAGGAACAAUGUAUGGUUUGGACGAACAUGGCGUUGUAUUUUCUUUCUCUGACAAAUCAAAGAAAGAAGUUUAUUCAAACAAGUUCAUAAAUGCAAUUGCGGCUUCAUCUAACGGAAUUGUUUACGUUUCUGGCCAAAAUUGCAUUUAUAAUUCUGAAGAAAUUCAACUUGACUUUGUUCCAGAGGUUAUUAAGUCAUGCGAAAACUAUUCUGUUGUUGCUGGUCAUGGGAAAGCCGCAAUUUUUGGAGAAUCAGUUAAAAUAAUAACUUAUUCCGAGAGAAUUGGCACAAUUUUAGAUAUUACCAAUGAUAUACAUGAUAAUAUCGUGAUAAUUGGUUCAUCAGCAUCACCAAUGUUCAUCAAUCAGCCACAACCAGAGUUUAAUGACUUUAAUUUCUCAGAAUGCCAACUUAUUGUCUCCAAAUAUCCAUCAGACAUCUCAUUGAAGAUUGUUAAUCACGCAUGCCGUACAAUGCUCCUAUUUUUGUAUGGUAAAUUUGAUGAAAUUGAAGGCAAAUACGAAGAAAUUGCUCCAUUUGUGCUAAAAAUGGACACAUUGAAUGCAAUUGCUGCUAUUCGUGCAAUUGCAACAAAUUGUUCAUCAUUCCCUGACAUCCUUUUGUCAAGUGAUGUUUGUAGAACUGCUUUUCUCCAGCAUCCACAAGAUUUGAAAGUUCUCAAACAAAAUCAACUUGUUAAAUUAUUACCACCAGUCAUUAAACAGAAGGGAUGUUCAAUGGACUUAGUUCAGAGUAUUUUGAAACCUCCGUCAAGUUCAUCAAUCAUUUCAUCAUCAAUGGCAAGAGAAUCAGAUUUAAUUGCAUUCUCUUGUUCACAUGUAAUGAAUCAGACAGAGUUAGAUUCUUCUUUGUUCUCUCUGAAAGAGUUCUUCGAAACUGCUAAGUUGAAGAAGUCGUAUCAAUGCAUAGAAAGCAACUACAAACAGAACUCUAUUGACUUGCAAUGCCCCAGAUGUUUGCUUCGUCAUUUAUCUCAGAAAUAUAAGUAA